UUCUCUAGUCAAAAUGAAAUUCUUUGUGGUAUUCGCAGCUGUUGUAGCUGUUUCGGCUGCUCAGUUUGGAGGAUUUAUCCAGUCAACUCGGAUCCCUGGCUUCCCUCGGCCUACUAUACCACCACCUCCACCACCCAGACCGACCAUUCAGGCUAUUCUUCCUAACCGUGUCGCAACUAAUGAGCAGGCUGCUGAAACUAUCAGUUAUCAGAACGAGAUCCUCCCUGACGGCAGCUACAGCCAUGGGUUUGAGACUAACAACGGUAUCUCAGCUCAAGCACAAGGAACUCCUCGUGACUUCGGAGGCAAUCCUCCCGUUGUGCCUGUAGUAUCCCAGGGAUCGUUCGCCUGGACAUCUCCCGAAGGUCAACCAAUCGUAAUUACCUACAUCGCUGACGAGAACGGCUACCAACCUCAGGGUGAUGCUAUCCCCACUCCACCUCCAAUCCCAGAAGCCAUCCUCAGGGCUCUGGACUUCAUCGCAAGAAACCCACCAGCGCCCCAGAAGAAGUGAAUUAACCUUAACUGAAAUGAAUCUUAGAAUUUAGUUAAUUUAAAUGUAGUCAUCAAUCAAUUGAAUUCUAUUGCCAUAUUUGAAAAUGUAUCGU